GCCCACUCAUUUGAAUCCAAGAGGGGCGGUCAAUGGCAAUUGAUCCGCCAGACUAGUGCGUGAUCAGAGUUGUUGUCUGCCUCGCUAUGGGGAAACGCUUGAAACCCUUGAAGCUACUGGUAAUUUGUGUCCCUGCAUCCAUUGUACUUAGUGCGCUUAUUGUGUACGCGACAAGGAGUCGCUUCACGUGUGAAGUGACUGGGAUUGAUAAUAACCUGGACCUGGAUGAACACGAUGUUCAGGAAGGAAAGGAUGAUCUCCGUUCCAACAGUACAUGGAACCCCUGUACAUUUGACAUCUGUUUCAACCUAGAGAAAUGUCCACUCACUCGCCCAUUCGCCACCUACGUGUACAAUGAUCUGCUUACGUCUUCCUCGAACGAAAAUCCAUUUUCUCCUCAACUUUUAGUAGAUGUCUUGAAGGAGACAGGUUCGUACACCUCUGACCCAACUAAAGCAUGUGUGUUUUUCAGUAUUCUUUGGAACAGAGAAAGAGAAAUAGAAAACGUUGGCCACCUGGAGACACAAAUUCACUCCCUGGCACAGUGGGGGGAAUAUGGUGAAAACCACAUUCUGGUUGAGCUGUCCACUGACCAGAGCCCUGGCCGCAGCAUGCUGGAAGGUGUUUCAACAGGAAAGGCUAUCAUUGCACGGAGUGUCAUCUCACCAGCCAAGCCGUUCAGUACAGGCUUUGACAUCCUUCUCCCUCCACUCAGGACGGCAGAGGCAGACUCGAUGGAUUUGCUAUCCCCUCUCCUUCCUGUAUCCCGAGACACUUUUAUCCACUUCCACGGAGAACACUCUCCACAUCAACACCCAGGCUCUGGUGCUAUCACUCCACAAGACAUCAGAAGUCUCCAGCAGCUCUUAAAAGGUAAAGAAAGAGUGGACAUUCAGCUCCAGUGCCAACAGCCAGCCACCGGGAAGACAAAGAGGGCAGUGGAGGGGCAGUGGAUGUUGUGUGGAGACCAGAAAUCUCGACUUGAGCUCUGUUCCAAGUCUAUGUUCUCCCUCGUCCCAAGUCCAGGUGGCGCUAACGCUGGAACAGGAGUCGGUAUCUAUACUAGACUGAUAGAGUCUCUGAUGUGUGGCUCUAUACCAGUUGUCGUUGGAGUAGGGGUUCUCCCAUUUGACGAAGUAAUUGACUGGAGUCGGGCAGGACUCAUCGUUCCUUCUGGCCGGUACUCUGAUAUCCUCUACAUCCUGCGUAGUGUUAGUUCAGGUGACAUUCAGAACUUCAGACUCAAGGGCCGACAUUUGUGGUACACCUACUUCAGCUCUCCACUGAGGGUUGUCCAGAUUGCUGUAGCCAUAGUGAGGUCACGGACUCUCCACCCACCUCCCCCUGCUCCUCACUUUGUUGGGAAGCAGCUCCUUUACUUCCCUGCCCCCCACCACAAGCAGAUUACCUCUCCUUCCUUCACCAAUAGUUUCACUGCCUACUCGUGGAGUUUCUGGAAUGAUAUCCCAGGUCCCCUGUUUUCCUACCCUUCAUCCCCCUUCAAUCCUGGAUUGCAUUUCAGUAGAUUGAACGAGGUCGCAAUUUCUCACAGUGCGUCGCAGUCAGCGAAAGGACGAGCUGCCAUAGAGUCAACUUUCAAGAAAAAUUUUCUUGUGAAUGUACCUCCUGAGCAGUUUACUGUGGUGAUAAUAACUUACAAAAGGAACAAAGAACUGAUGGAGGGGCUUGCACACCUUAAAGGGAUUCCUUCCCUAAACAAAGUGGUAAUUGUCUGGAACAAUGAGGAUGACCCAUCUGCUGACCUGAAGUGGCCCGAUAUUGGAAUACCUAUUGUGGUUGUCCGUGGUAAAGGUAACAGUUUGAACAAUAAGUUUCUGCCCUACAAGGAGAUAGAGACCGAAGCUGUGUUGCAACUUGACGAUGAUGUCCUUAUGGCUCCUGAGGAGAUAGAAUUUGGUUUCAGAGUUUGGUGUGAAAAUCGGGAACGAAUGGUGGGGUUUUUUGGUCGCUCUCACAUAUAUAAUUUCAAGGACAAGAGGUGGAACUAUGGAAAAACUAACUGCAUGUUCUCCAUGAGCCUUACUGGUUGUACCUUCAUACACAAGACCUAUAUGUACCUGUACUCCUACUUGAUGCCAAAAGAAGUGAGGGCGAGGGUGGACCACAUCAUGGACUGUGAAGACAUUGCCAUGAACUUCCUUGCUGCACAUCUCUCCAGAAAACCACCCAUGAAGGUCUGUACAAAUUCUGAUUUCCACUGUGCGGGAUGCAAAGCAAACAUAUCCAAGAAAAAGUACUUUUUUCAUGAGCGCAGUGUCUGCAUCCAGUUCUUAACUCGUAUUUAUGGCUACCAACCUCUUCUCUACACCCAGUCUCGUACUGAUCCUGAGACAACUGAGAUCCCCUUCAGUGAAUGAAUAUGGAAAAUGUUUCAAGCCGACCUGACGGCGUUUAAUAGCUGGCCAUCCCAGCACGCUUGUGACUAACUCUAGAUAAACUCCCUAACUGCAUGGAUUCAUAAAACUGCUUACCUAAAAAGAUAGAACGUGUUUUGUUUAUCGCGGCCAUAUCCGCCAUUUUGUUCCUUUUCCAUGAUUGACACGCGCAUGCAUUUUGUGAUACUACGCGCAUGCGGAUGCAGUAGAGCUUGGAGACUCCCACUCCACUACUUUGGCCUAGCGGCUCUUCGACAAGCACACUGCUUUCGGAUAUCUACUACGAGUUUUUUUUUGUUGGCAUAAUUAUCAUUUAUACAUGAUAUUAUACACAGUUAGUACGACAACAUGAGGAUUGCUUAUCUUAAGUUGUACUUGCGUACAAUACUGAACACCACA